AUGGAAUUGAACGUUCAAGGACCAAGACCGGUCAACACGGCGCCUACCACCACCCUUGACAUCGACGGAGAGUCUGCUUCUUCAACCAAGUCUACGAACAGAGAAGCCCACGCGAUCAACGGAUCGCUCAAACCUCAUCCUCCCAAACCAUCCCUCAAUCCGCAAACACCCGCAUCAACCACGCCCACACCUCUCGGCACCCUAUCCGUCCUACCUCGUGAGCUACGGGAUGAAAUCUACAGCCACGUAUGCGAGCGAGAAUACGAUUUCGGCCGCUUUUCGGACAGACUACACAGGAAGUGGCAUUCCGACGGAAACACGGACCUGCCAAUGCUAACAUUGUCAAAAACCAUACGUGAAGAACUCCUCGCCGUCCUCCAUGCCGAAGCCGUGUUCAGCAUCCGCAGCGCGCGCUACUUUCAGAACAAAGCAUGGACGCGCAACGACAUCCCAUUCAUCGAUCACAUCCAGCGAGUGGGACUGUCGACCGCGGUAUGCGCAUUGAGCGAUGAACACUGCAACGAAUCCAUGCUGGAUCCUCGCGAAGCAAACGAACAAUUGUCCAAGAUGAGAGCAGAGCCCACUUCGUUCUUCGCCGGGACAGAAGUGCCGAGGAAGACCUGCGUUAUCGAAUUCAUACUCUGCACGCCAAAAACGAUGCUGAUACGUCAAUCACCUCUUUUCGAUGCCAUCAAGCACCUGACAGGCUUCAAGACCGUGACGUUGAAGAUUUCGUCAAUCAGGGAGCAUUGGGGGCCACAAGAUGCAUUGAUCUACAUCGGGGAAGAUCCCUCAUUCAUGGAUCACGCUGUAGGCUUUGCCGCCAUUAUCGAUGCAAUAGGGAGUGCGCUCGAGCCAUCACUUGGUCCCAACGUCAUCAGCGAAGCAAUUGUCCUUCAAGGUAUUGGUUGGAAGAUUACGUUUCAUCCGCGAGAUUACCUAUCCAAGCAGGAGAAGCCAGAGGCUGGAUCUGGCGCUCAAUUGGAAGAGGCGGCAGAUACUUUGACCGCGCUUGAAAAGUAA